UGCAAAUCCAAACGUUUGGCAAUCAAACAGUAUCUAAAAUUGAAACAUUCAAUGCGGAGAACUGAAGACAUAGUUAUGGCUCUGAGUUACUUAUCCGAAGGCGAUGCGCCCCGGGAUUUUCGCGUAUCCUCAACGGAGAGUCACGGACAUUACACUAAGUGCCUCCUUUGUUACACGGUUAAAAGAAAUUUCUACUGUGCAGAAUGCAUUAAUACAGGAAACUUCGUCCACUCGUCUAUGCCUCAUGCAGACAGAUUUUCAGAGAAACAAGGAAAAUUACUCAGACUGAAAGUAAACAGAAAACAUGUGUUGGACAGAUGCGAGAAAUUGUUAUCAAAUAAAAUACAUAAAGACACUCUACUCACAGAAGCAAAGUUGGCCAAAGACAAACUGAAUCUGUUAAAAUUAGCCAUAGAGCAGAGGAAGAACAAUAUAGAGGAGAAAAGGAAAGUACUAACUGAAUUGAAACAGUGCAACAAUGAACUGAGUCUGAAAUUACCGAGGUAUCAAAAAAGAGUAGCGAGUUUAGAGAGUCAUGCUCAGCAACAACAAAUUGUACUUCACAAUAAAGUCAGUCUGUACAAUGAACAAGCGGAAUCUUUGGCCGCGCUGCGCCGGUCGAGGAUACGACAGCUCAAUAAGUACAUAUUUCCAGUAUAUCUGAGCUAUGAUAUGAGUGAUAGUAUAGAAGAUAUGGAGUUUGUGGGUGAGGAUGCUGAAGAGGUGGAUCCAAAAAGGUCACAGCUCCACAUUGGAGCGCCGUGGAUCAAUACAGAUGGUGAUUUCACCGCAAUUCAGUCUUGGGUGUCGCAGCACAAGGAGGCGCCGGCGCUGCACGCGGCGCACCGCGCCACCGCCGCGCUGUCGCUGGCCGCGCAGCUCGCCGCGCUGCUCGCCUGGACGCUCGACGCGCGCCUCCCGCAGCCCAUCGUGCUCAGCGAAUACUGUAACUGGCGCGUGUACGGUGGAGGCGCUCGCUGGCGCACGAGGAGACUUCGUGCGGCGUGCGGCGCGCUGUGCACGCGCGCAGCCAUCGCGCCCUCCGCCGCGCUGGAGCCGGCGCGCGCGCUCGCCGCGCUGCACGCGCUCGCCGUCGCCGCCGCCGCGGACCACGCGCAGCUCGGCAGGGUGGAGACGUGGGCGAGCGAGGAGGUGUUGUCUGCGGGCGAGGCGUGGGCGGGCGCGUGGGCGGCGCCCGACGACGGCGACGACUGCGACCCGCCCGAGCACCUGCACUGGCCCGAGCCCGCUGAGAUGGAGGAGUUGAGCAGCACGCCGCCAGCACCGGCGCCAUCGCUGGUGACGUCAGCCGCCGCCUCACUGGCGUCCAUGUGGCGCGGCUGGACCAAGUGACGCUCGCUGACCUCUCGUGACGUCGGCGGCCACGUGGCGCGGCUGGACCAAGUGACGCUCGCUGACCUCUCGUGACGUCGGCGGCCACGUGGCGCGGCUGGACCAAGUGACGCUCGCUGACCUCUCGUGACGUCGGCGGCCACGUGGCGCGGCUGGACCAAGUGACGCUCGCUGACCUCUCGUGACGUCGGCGGCCACGUGGCGCGGCUGGACCAAGUGACGCUCGCUGACCUCUCGUGACGUCGGCGGCCACGUGGCG